AUGCUGAGCUGUCCUAUGAACAAGGCAAGAUCAAGGAGGCACACUUGUGAUAGGCAGCCUGAUCACUCCGAUCCUCCUUGCCACAAAGUCAAGCUCCCUGCUCCUUCUCACCCGCCUACGUUUAUGGACCUCGCCUAUCUGAACAAGACUUGGUUCCUGCGUGGAAUGCACGACGGCAAGCACAUCUAUCGCUUUGAGCAUCCCACAUUCGGCAUCUCAAAGGUUCUAUUACCAAACGUUGAGCUCACAAACACCAACACCCGGGAAGGAAUCCUGUUUCUCCCGACUGCGGAUCAACUGUUUAUGGAUGGAGGCGAUGCAACGGUUGAGGAAGAACAAGGGAGAGAAGAAGGUGAGCUUUGGAGAGACGAUCAAGUAGCUUGGUGA